AACAUGAAGCAUUCUUGUACUUCGACUCGGCGCUAAAACCACGUCCUGGUCAAGGACCAGGAUACCGAAUCAAGCUAUCCCCCACAGGACCUCAAAUUAUCAGAGGAUCCAUCUCCACUGUUAAGCAUCAUUUUGAGCAGGUACCGUCUUCGGAUGCUAUUUCCGAGGACGGAGAGAAGGCUUUCGUAGUACGGAUACCCAAAUCAGCAGGCAAAGAAAAACAAGUAGAGUUUACUUCUACCGUUGAAGAGCCCGUGACCACUGUAGAGGAACCUCCUAUCGACGAGGUAUUCACGGUGAGGCCGGGGCUGGUACCAAGAGUACCUAUUCUUGAUUCUCAAUCGCCCGCACCAGCAGUCAUUACUCACACUCCUGAUCUUCCCCAAUCAUUACCAUCAGCUGAGCCGUCAGGCCAGCCCGUAUUAGUUCCGUUGCCUCACUCUGUCUCUCCCCCUAACCUCGUUGACCAAAUUUUCCGCGAAACUUCAACUCUCCUGACUCAACAACCCAGCUACGCCAAUGAGGAGCCGUUGAACGAGCCCGUCGAGGAGCAGCGCGACACCUUUCCAGCCGUCACUACGGGUAUGGGUACAGAGGAAGGAAACGACGACAAACCACAAGAUGCUGUUGUCCGUGGGCAACGUACCCUCCCACCUGCCCCUCCACCGCUGCAGACGGUUUUCCCACCUGUAUCCCAGCCUUCCCCUCCUUACGGCUCGCCAUACGGCUAUGGCUCUGCAAUGCCACCGGGUAUCGCUAUGAAUCAACACGGCAUGCCCUAUGAGAUGACCACGGGUCGUGCUGUAUAUUUGCAACCUCCUACGAUGUACACACCUCGCCCCAUGACCCAUGGCAUCAUGACGCCUCCCGGUCUUCCAUUCAUGCCUGGUCAUAUGCAUCAUCAUUCGACCGGCUCACCAGAUUUCCUGGCUCCGCCCCAUACACCUCCUCGCAAUGGGUUUAUUGACCCUGCCACAGGCAUGCCUAUCUUCUCCUUCCCACGCCAAAGUACCCGCAUCGAAAUCAGGCAGCCUUCUGAUCAAGAUGGUAAACAGCUGAGCAAACCGUAUGAACGAAGACCUUCCGGAUUGAGACCGAGUGCGGCCGACUUCGAACCCACUCGUGCCGCGAGUCCUUAUGAGACGUCUGCAUACUUCCAGGGUGCCGACAGCUUGUCGGCUACCGAGGUACAUGGUCUCAAUGGCGUGGAUAAUAACUCAGCAAUUCCAAAUGGGCACGUUUCGCCAGAGCAGGUGGUGGACACGGGAAUGAUGCCGUACUCACCAUAUCAACAGCAGCCAUAUUACUACCCCUACCCUCAGUACUACGACAUGUCCCAUGCUCAGUACGAAAUGUACCCUACCGACCCGCGUGCUUCUCAGGCCGUCUAUUAUUGAUCUGUGUCUUCUGCUACGUAUAUUUGUGUCUUUUCUUCUUCCUUGUCUUGUCUUUCUUGUUAUGGGGAUAGUACAUGCACCGCUAUUCACGAUUGUUUGAAUCUCACUCAGACUUUAUUCAUUCAUGCUAUGUCACAAUUUCAUUACAUCGUCUGUUGUUACAAUUUCUGUGCGCUGAAUUUAUCUUGGUUUUACUUUAGUUUCGUGUCUUCUAUGUCGUACCAGCUUUGCCAUUUGUAUGCCUUUUUGCAAUUCACAUAUUCUGAGUGAAA